AUGGAGGCAUUUCUUCAAGCCCAAGCCAGAUUCAAGUCGGCAAAGGGUCUUACCAAGAUUCCUGUCGUCCCAAACAAGAACUACAAACGUCAUGGCACAAAGUCAUAUGUCUAUCUCCUGAACAAGUUCAAGUUCGAGCCGACGAAACCCGGCCCUUAUGUCCAGACACGGAGAAUGGCCCAAAGGGGACUCGCCGCCCCUGGCUUCAACGCGGCAGUAGGCGGCCGAGUCUCCAUGAGCAAGGUUCUAAUGAAGAAGGCGGCCGACGACCAGCAUGGCGAAGUCACGGCUGAGGACCAGCAAUAUGACUCAAUGUACCUCUGCGAGGUUUCCAUCGGAACGCCGCCGCAAAAGUUCCAGCUGGACUUUGACACGGGUUCCGCCGAUCUCUGGGUGUUCUCAACAGAGCUCAGCAAAUCCCUCCAGAAAAACCACAGCGUCUUCGACGCCUCCAAGUCCUCGACAUUCAAGAAGCUCGAGGGGAAGACGUGGAAGAUUUCGUAUGGCGAUGGCAGCUCGGCGUCAGGUGACUGUGGCACCGACAACCUCGUCCUCGGCGGGCUGACGGUCGAGAACCAGGUCAUCGAGCUCGCCUCGCAGCUUGCGGCGCAGUUCUCCCAGGGCACAGGCGACGGCCUCCUGGGCCUUGCAUUUAGCUCCAUCAACACGGUGCAGAGCAAUGGCAACCACAGCGACCCACAGGCCACGCCCGUCGAGAACAUGAUCGCGCAGAGCGACAUCCCCAAGGACGCGGAGCUGUUCACGUCGGCGUUCUACAGCGAGCGCGACGAGGCCAAGCCACGGUCGUUUUUCACGUUUGGGUGGAUCGAUACGGACCUCGUCAAGGCUUCUGGUGAGGAUAUCCAUUGGGUCGAUAUCGACAAGACGCAGGGGUUCUGGAUGUUCCCCUCGGAAUCUGCAAGCGUCAACGGAAAGGCCGUCGCGCAGAGCGGUAACAAGGCCAUCGCGGACACGGGGACUACACUGGCUCUCGUUUCGGACGAGGUCUGCCAAGCGUUGUAUGACGCGAUUCCCGGCUCCAAGUACGACGAUCAGCAGCAGGGCUAUGUGUUCCCAACUAGCACCAAGGAGGAAGACCUGCCCGCGUUCAAGGUCGCCGUCGGCGACAAGGAGUUUGUGAUCCAGAAGGAGGACCUUGCGUUUGCGCCAGCCAGCGAUGGGUUCUGGUAUGGAGGCGUGCAGUCCAGAGGCUCCAACGAGUUUGACAUUUUGGGAGAUGCGUUCUUGAAAUCGAUUUAUGCGGUUUGGGACCAAGGAAACACGAGGUUUGGAUGUGUGCCCAAGAUCGAGAAGACGCAGAACCUUCAACCUCCGUCUUCUCGAACUCAAGAUAGCGAAGCACCAGAUACCUGA